CUUGUUCCUUUCACACAAAAAUCUGACCCUUUUUCUUCCUCUUCUCUUUUUUUCUCUCUCUCCCUCUCUUCUUUUUACUUGUUUCAACACAGCAGCACAAAAAACAGUUCUCAAUUUUCAUCAAAACAGAAGAGAAUUUGAAACUACAAAAAAAAAAAAAAUAGAAAUCAACCAAAUAAAACUACGGAUCCAUGUUAGUAGAAAAAUAUGGCAUGGUGCAGUCAAUCAACAGUUCUCCCAAUAAUAUCAUCAUCAGAUCAGGAAAAUAAUGUUAUUAUGGUCACUUCAAAAACUAGAUUCAUAACUUGUCCUUCAUGUGGACACAACAUACAGCUUCAACAUCAGAGGGGAAUACUACAUGAUUUGCCUGGUCUACCAGCUGGAGUGAAGUUUGAUCCAUCAGAUGGAGAGAUACUUGAACAUUUAGAAGCAAAAGUACUUUCAGAUAAUCAUAAAAUUCAUCCCCUUAUUGAUGAUUUUAUUUUGACCAUUGAUGGACAAAAUGGUAUCUGCUACACUCAUCCACAGAAACUACCAGGAGUCAACAAGGAUGGUCAAGUGCGUCAUUUCUUUCAUCGUCCAUCAAAAGCAUACACGACGGGGACAAGAAAACGUCGAAAGGUACACACUGAAAUUGAUGGUGGUGAAACAAGAUGGCACAAGACAGGUAAAACAAGGCCAGUUUACAUAAGUGGAGUUGUCAAAGGUUACAAGAAAAUUUUGGUACUUUAUACAAAUUAUGGUAGACAGAGAAAGCCUGAGAAAACAAAUUGGGUAAUGCACCAAUAUCACUUAGGUGAAAAUGAAGAAGAAAAAGAUGGAGAAUUAGUUGUUUCAAAAGUUUUCUACCAAACACAACCUAGACAAUGUGGAUCAUCAACCAUAAAAAAAACAAUUGAUCAUAGCAACAAUAUUAUUAACCCCCUCCUUAAAACAACGAAUUUCGUCGAUUAUUAUAAUCCUAAUCCUUUCGUUUCAUAUAAUGUUGAGAGCCAAAGCUCACCUCAUGAGUUAAUUCAGAAUUUGGUUGUUCAUGGUGAUGGCUCAUCUUUUGUUAUACCUUCAGAAGCAAGCAAAGAGAAGUGAGAAAGUAGGAAGAAAAUGAAAGCUAUUAUUAUUACUAUUAUUAAGGGUUCUUUUUUUUUUAAAAAAAAUGUUGUUGUAGUGUGUAAAAGUCUUUAAGUUAAAAGAUUUGAGGUGCUAAUGAGGAUGGAGGAAUAAAAUAAAUGUUUACUUUUAACUGAUUAAAGAUUAAUAAUCUACUUUCUUAGGUCGAUCAGUUCUUUGUUUAAUUAGGGUUUUCUUUGUUUUGUUUUGUUAUUAAUAUACCGUGUUCAUUAUUUA